CGCAGUGUUGUUUUGAGCGCCUGUGUUCUCCGUGCUGAUCCCCUAGUCCUGGCUCUCUCGACGGGAAAGACAGUCUAGCAGGUUGCCAUUUGUCCAGCUCCUUCUCUCUGUCCACCAGGACCUAGGUAUCGUCAUCUAGAGGCGAUAUCCGUUUCCCCAUCCGUCCUGCAACGCGGGCAAUAGCGUGCACGUCACGUGAAAUCUCCGGGGUAGCUCCGGUAUUGAAUAAGCGGAGGCACUUUUACGGUCACGGAUUUAAACUCUCGGAAAAUCGUCGAGGGAAAAGAUCAGUCCAAAGACGAAUCUUCCUCGAUGCCAGCCUUCGCUUCUACCGCAAUCAGACGACUUGCACAGACUGCCUCCCUGAUGUCCUCUUCGACGACGAGCGACGUCUUUAUCCUCUCGGCGGCCCGCACCCCGAUUGGCUCCUUCAACGGCAGCCUCAAGAAGCUGACGGCACCCGAAUUGGGCACCUUUGCCGCCAAGGCCGCGAUCGAGCGUGCGAAGCUCCAACCCAGUCAGAUUGAGGAAGUCUACUUUGGCAAUGUUCUUCAGGGCAACAUUGGUCAGGCGCCCGCUCGCCAAGUCGCCCUCUCGUCGGGUUGCCCGGAUACAACCGAAGCGACGACGAUCAACAAAGUCUGCGCCUCGGGCAUGAAAUCGAUCAGUCUCGCCGCUCAAAACAUCCUCCUCGGCCAGAGGGGCAUCAUGCUGGCUGGUGGUAUGGAGAGCAUGAGCAACGCUCCAUACUACAUGACUCGAGGCGCCGCCUUUGGGCACCAGCAGCUCCUCGACGCCAUCGUCAAGGAUGGUCUCCACGAUGUGACCAACCAGGUCCAUAUGGGCAACUGUGCCGAGAACACGGCAAAGAAAAUGACUAUCUCGCGUGAGGAGCAGGAUGAGUAUGCCAUCGAGUCGUACCGCCGUGCCGCCGAAGCCUGGAAGGCGGGUGCGUUCAAAGACGAGAUAGUCGCCGUGACCAUCAAGGACAAGAAGGGCGAUAUUGUUGUGGCGGAAGACGAAGAAUACAAGAACAUCAAGCUCGACAAGGUUUCCACCCUUCGCCCCGUAUUCGACAAGAACGGCACCGUCACGGCCGCCAAUGCCUCGACGCUCAACGACGGUGCCAGUGCAGUCGUCCUUGCUAGCAAGGAAGAGGCUGACAAGGCUGGCGCUAAGCCCUUGGCAAAGAUCAUUGCCUUUGCCGACGCUGCCUGCGCCCCCAUCGACUUCCCCAUCGCCCCCGCUCACGCCAUCCCUAAAGCCCUCGAUCGAGCCGGGCUCAAGACGUCAGACAUCGCCCUCUGGGAGAUCAACGAGGCCUUUGCGGCCGUUGCAAUCGCCAACAACAAGCUCCUGGAUCUUGACCCGAAGAAGGUCAACACUCUCGGCGGUGGCGUCAGCCUCGGCCAUCCCAUUGGCUCGUCGGGUGCGAGAAUCAUUGUCACGCUCGCUCACGCCCUCCAGCCUGGCCAGUACGGCUGUGCUGGCGUCUGCAACGGUGGUGGUGGUGCUUCCGCAAUGAUUAUCCAGCGCCUGUAGAGAGCUGUUACUCCUCGUCCGCUUCUCUCAAAGAGAGUAGCUACUGAUCCUUGAUGGAUGAUGAGUCCCUUCUUCAAAUAUGCCGCCCUUUGCCAUUCUCGACGUCAACCCUGAGAAGACGGUUUAGUCUAACCCUGGGAACCCUCUGUUAUUAUUGUU